AUGUCUGCCAUGUGUUUAUUUUAGAAAAUUUAAUGUUUGCUGCUGAUCAUCUUUUGUGAAAAGAAAAAUGAAGCUCUGAUUGAGAGAGAGAGAGACUACGAACUCUAGAUGUGAAAAGCACAUGUCAACAAGAGACAACAAUGAACGUUACGAGAAUCUUGAACUAGUCAUAAUUAAGUCAAGUCAAGUCAAUCAGUGUUUGUUGAGAUUUGUUUACAUUUAUGGUGUUGCAUGCUCCAGUGUUGCUCAUAUAAGAGUAAUACUUACAAUUUUUGAUCUACCUUUAUAAUAAUAUCAUAAAAUUAGUUGCAAGUCGUUUGAAUAAUUUUUACGAAAAGUGGGGCCGUGUUAAAAAGUGAAGGUGGUUAUCGGGUUCUGGAGAGAUGUCAUAUACGGAACUGGAAGCUGGAUAUCGAGGACUCCUUGAGAACUUUUACAACUAUUGUUCCCAAGCUUGUAAUGCUAGGGUCGCAAUGUUUGACGGAAGUGACAAGGACCUUUUGGACAAAUCAGGGAAGCAAGUUGUCGUUGGGAUUUGUGCAAUGGCGAAAAAAUCAAUGUCUAAACCCAUGAAAGAAAUUUUAACCCGUUUGGACGACUUUGAGUACAUUAAGACUGUAGUAUUUCCAGAAGAAACGAUAUUGGGGUUACCCGUUGAAGAAUGGCCGUUAUGUGACUGCCUAAUUUCAUUCCAUUCAAAAGCUAGUCAAGCUCAAUUUCCACUGGACAAAGCCAUUAGUUAUGCACAGUUACGAAACCCGUAUAUUAUCAACAAUAUCGAAAUGCAGUACGAAAUUCAGGAUAGGAGAAAAGUAUACGGUAUUUUGGAAAAGGAGGAAAUACUUCUUCCUAGAAACGCUGUCCUGGAUAGAGAUAGUCCAGACCCGAAAAUGCACGAGCUGAUUGAAUCAGAAGAUCAUGUAGAAGUUAACGGAGUGAUAUUCAAUAAACCAUUCGUAGAAAAACCUGUUUCCGCAGAAGACCACAAUAUUUAUAUUUAUUAUCCGACCUCCGCUGGCGGAGGAAGUCAAAGGUUGUUUCGUAAAAUUGGAAGUCGCAGUAGCGUUUAUUCUCCUGAAUCUCGAGUACGUAAAACGGGUUCUUAUAUUUAUGAAGAUUUUAUGCCAACGGAUGGGACCGAUGUAAAGGUUUACACCGUCGGACCUGAUUAUGCUCAUGCAGAAGCAAGAAAAUCGCCAGCCUUAGACGGCAAGGUUGAAAGAGACUCUGAAGGGAAAGAGGUCCGGUAUCCUGUGAUAUUGAGUGCUGCAGAAAAAUUGAUUGCAAGGAAGGUUUGCUUAGCGUUUAAGCAGACAGUUUGUGGAUUUGAUUUGUUGCGGGCCAACGGCAAAUCCUACGUUUGUGAUGUUAAUGGUUUUAGUUUUGUUAAGAAUUCAAACAAGUAUUAUGAUGAUUGUGCACGCAUUUUGGGAAAUAUGAUUCUUCGAGAAUUGGCCCCACAACUUAGGAUUCCAUGGACAAUCCCUUAUCAACUUGACGACCCACCAAUCGUCCCCACAACUUUCGGCAAAAUGAUGGAGCUUAGAUGCGUCGUUGGUGUCAUCAGACAUGGUGAUCGAACACCAAAACAAAAGAUGAAAAUGGAAGUUAGGCAUCCAAAAUUUUUUGAACUUUUUGAAAAAUGUGGAGGAACACCUCAAAAGAAUGUAAAGCUAAAGAGACCUAAGCAACUCCAAGAAGUACUGGAUAUUGCAAGAUUUCUACUGGCUGAGGGACAAAAUUCGAAAGAAGCUGAAAUCGAUGAAAAAAGAGGCAAACUUGACCAAUUAAAAAAUGUUUUAGAAAUGUACGGGUAUUUCUCUGGAAUCAAUAGGAAGGUCCAACUUAAAUAUCAACCUAAAGGAAGACCUAGAGCAUCUAGCAGCGAUGAUGAAUUUAUUUGUGCAGAUAUACCAAUGGAACCUUCACUAGUUCUUAUCCUAAAAUGGGGAGGUGAACUGACCCCAGCAGGAAGAGUGCAAGCCGAGGAAUUAGGAAGAAUAUUCCGAUGCAUGUAUCCCGGUGGUCAAGUAGGAUGGAUGACCGGGGGAGCUAUUGAAUCUGAUGAUGGUGAAUAUGCAGGAACCCAAGGGCUUGGCCUGUUGCGGCUUCAUUCAACAUAUAGGCACGAUCUGAAGAUUUACGCGAGUGAUGAAGGGCGAGUACAGAUGACUGCAGCUGCGUUUGCAAAAGGAUUGCUGGCACUGGAAGGAGAACUGACCCCAAUUUUGGUGCAAAUGGUGAAAUCAGCCCAUACCAAUGGACUUUUGGACAACGAUUGUGAGUCGAGUAAAUUCCAGAGGCAAAUCAAACAAAAGCUUCAUGAUUUAAUGCAACAAGACAAGGAUUUGACGGAUGAAGAUAUUGAGAAAGUGAACCCAUGCAAUUCUAUUUCCAUCAACCAAGCGUUGAAAUUUAUAAAAAAUCCACACAAGUGCUGUCAGAUAGUAUUGGACCUGAUUCACAAAUUACUUGUUCGAAUCCAAGCAAAAAGAGAUGAUAGUAAAACAAAAGAUGCAACCCUGUAUCAUGGAGAAUCUUGGGAUCUAAUGGCUCGUAGGUGGGGAAAGUUGGAGAAAGAUUUGAAAACUAAGGGAAAUUUUGACAUUUCAAAAAUUCCCGACAUUUACGACUGCAUCAAAUAUGAUAUCCAGCAUAACUCACAUGCUAUCGGGUUCGACCAGGCAGAAGAACUUUAUAAAUAUGCUAAAUAUCUUGCUGAUAUUGUGAUACCUCAAGAAUACGGGCUUACUCAGUUGGACAAAUUAGCAAUUGCGCAAGGUAUUUGUGCUCCACUCCUUCGUAAGAUUAGAACUGAUCUUCAGAGAAAUGUGGGUGAUCCAAACGACGAGUCUGUAAAUCGUCUCAAUCCAAGGUAUUCUCACGGAGUUUCAAGCCCAGGGCGUCAUGUCAGAACGAGACUAUAUUUUACAAGUGAAAGUCACAUUCAUUCCCUUCUAACUGUAAUUCGGUUCGGUGGUCUCCUUGAGCAAGUUAAGCAAGAUGAACAGUGGAACCGUGCUAUGGAGUAUGUGAGUGCUAUUUCUGAGCUUAAUUAUCUAACUCAGAUCGUGAUUAUGCUAUACGAAGAUCCUACAAAGGACAUUCAUUCCGAAGAAAGAUUCCAUGUCGAGCUUCAUUUCAGUCCUGGUGUCAAUUGCUGUGUCCAAAAAAAUGUACCUGAAGGCCCAGGAUUCCGUCCAAAUAGUCGGAGUGAAUCUUCAAAAUCCAUUCAUAACGCAAACACUGAGAAAGAACAAAAUCCUAUACUCGAUUUUGUAGAACCUGAGCCUGUGGAUAAGGACAAUAUGCCGAUUCAAAUGUCAUUCAGUGAAUCGGAAGUGUGCAAUCGACGUGCUGCAAGUUUCCGAAUUUCGGACAAAGAUAAAGAACAGGAUUUGGCAAGUUUGGAUGAAGAUGACAAAGAGACGAGCAGCAGCGGUGUGACAGCUCUUCCGCUUUCUUCACAGCCUAUACCCAUAAAAGAUGCUCCUGUUCAUCGAGAAAUACGUGCUAAUUCGAUGGAAGUUGCCCCCUCAUUCAAAGGAAGAUUUGAUGGAUUCAUGAGUACCAGCCGAUUGGCCAAGUUUAAAUCAUUCGCCCAGUCCAGGGGUGCGACAAGUCUUUUCUCCACCGCCGUUAUUACAGGACAUUCUAUACCUGAUUUGAGUAUGAAACCGAGUCUACAUACGGAACGACUUAUUGAUUGUAAUACCAACUCAGUCGAGACAAAUUCAGAUUCUUCUAUCAAGUUCCCCAGCAUUCGUUCCCUUGAGACGUUGCACAACGCAUUGUCUUUGCGUCAGUUGGAUUUAUUUCUAGAAAGGAUUUUAUCGACCAACUAUAGACCCACUAACUCUAUACCGUCGUCUGUUACAAAUCUAGCAUCUGGAGGAAGUCUUCUCGCCAUUACUUCCGGUGGUAGUGGUGCUAAUGAAGGGUCAGAACAGGUUGAUCCCCUUUUACGAAGUCCUAGAUCCAGACCUCUGGGGUUCUCCCCAGCAUCAAGUAUUGGAUGGAGUGCUGCCAGUGGUCCUCCGUCAUAUGUAUCCAGUGCUCCUUCAUCUCCUACAUUUCCAGACCCACCAACACACAAGCAUCCCCAAUCUUCGGAUGGUAGUAUUGCUAUCCUGGCUGCAGAACAUUUUCCGCCCCCCCUUCCAACUGAAAUUUUGACGGACGAGAUUGCACCUAUGCAACAACAAGAAACAGCAGAACUACCAGAAGCUGCCCCUUGAAAAAUCUCUUCUUAUGGUUGUCGUCAGUUUAGCUAUGUACAUUUGUCAAAGACCAACUACAGUAUAGUUUAUGCAUUAUUGAUACUGAACAAUUUCAGUAUUCUGCUCAUUCUUUUAAUAGUCAUUUCUUGGUAUUCAUUUUAGAGAGUAUAUUUAUAGUGUACCGAUCACAGCAUUAUAGUUUUAAUUAAUUAUUAACUUGGUAUACCUACAUACCGAUAUCACUAUAUUUUAACUCAAACGUUAAAUAUUUUAACUCAAACGUUAAAUAUUUUAACUACAUUUAAGAGAGUCAUCUACUUAUUUUCAUUUCUAAGUCGUCUAACAUUCUUCAGUUUCAAUAAGGAAUCAGCAAUACGUGCUUUACAGUUUGAUGAAGUGGUACCAAUCAAUAAAAAUUGUCAGUGUCAAAAAUGGUACAAAAACACGAACCAAUAAAUUGAAAUAUGCAGAUGAUA